CUCAGUCUAUCUCACCUGGUGCCGCCUGGGCUCGGACCACCUUUGAUGCUAGGUCACAGAUCUUUGCUAAUGCUCCAUCUACUUUGGUUUCAUUAGCCUCUACGGCAGUGACAGCUGUCUCAGGUUUGUUGGACCCACAGUUUCAGACGGUCAUCGGUGGACAGCCCUUGUAUGGAGGCCUUGCAAGUAUUCUCAAUCCUAGAGGACCACAGCAAGAACAUAUAGUGCUGGGUCAAGCUAUUCCCAAUCGCCGUAGACGCUUACGACCAACUCAUGUCCAGGCAACAGGUCAUACACUUCAGCCUCAGCCCCAGCCUAUAUUUCCUCCAGCUGCAUCAGUAGCCUCACGUCACAGUCCCAGGUGGAAUACCCAGGUACAAAAUCCUGGACAGAACCGUCUUCCAGCUCCAAUACUUGCUCAGAUUCGAGCCAUCUCACAGCACCGUCAGAGGGAAUUAGCAUCUCCCCUUCUUCAACGUCUUGUACCACCCCCACCACCACCCCCAGCCCCCCCACUUCCAGGGCAGCAGGUCGUACCUCCUCAGGCACAUGAAGCAGGACCACCGCUUGUAAGGCAGCAACAUCUACAUCAUCCUCCGCUGUCCCCACCCACCGUCCCUCGGCGACAAAGCAACGUACUUAAUCGUCAUUCAUCCUUAAGUAGGUAGAGCUGACAGGCGCUGAAGGU